UGUUUGAAUUGAUUCGGCAAUCAAGAAAGCUUUGUCUCCAAUAUUUCUCCGAUUCUCAGCAACUUCAAAACCGUAUUUUAAGAACUUUGGUUUAAGAAUCUAAUUGUGCGGCUAGGAACUCGCUGUGUUUCACCGAUUCUAUGCCACUGGCAGCCUUUUGCUGUCCGUCGUCAAUCUCUGACUGCCUGCCACCCUUCAAGCAGUCACGUGCCAUGCCGCUCUUCAACAAGAAGUUCGAGUCGAAGCCGAUUCCAGUGCGCCAGGGACGUUGCAACAUCGGACAUCCGGUGGCCACCGAGGAUCUGGAUGACUACCGCCAGAUAUCGCUGACACUGGGCAACAAGGAGCUGCGCUUUGCGGACGGCAUCUGGAUGCACUCGUCCCGCAAGGGCGACGUGGAUGACAUGCUGCGGCUGAACAAGAAGUUCCGUGCCCUCGAGGAGGAGAACAACAUGUGCAAUCUGAAGAUCGAGGUGAUGCUGGAUCUGCUGGCCGAGCAUGCGACGGAACUCAGUGAGCUGAAGCCAAAGGAAAAGUGAAAAAAUAUAAUCUGAAAAAUCUUGACUAUUUAUUAUUUUAAAGUCUUAAUCGGACACGCUUCAUAAAUAUGUUUUGAUUUGACUAAUAAAAUGCUAAAAUC